UGUAUGUGUGCGUGUAUUGCGACUGCCGCUGGUGGUGCCCUCUCGGCCUUUGGCUUGGGAAGCCGGUUUCAUGGACAAAUAAAAUGAUAGAUCAGAUGGACAAACAGAUGGCAGAAAGAGAGAUACUGGGAAAAUAUGGCUCAGACUGAAGUACUUUCUUACAGGACCCAGCUGAAUUUGAUGGGUCAGGAAGCUGGAAAACCCACAUGGCCAAAACCAGCAGGAGGCUAUCAAACUAUUACAGGGAGAAGAUAUGGAAGAAGACAUGCCUAUGUCAGUUUUAGACCAUCUCUGAUGAAUCAAGAAAGAUACUCAAACCAACACACAGAAGAAUGUGAAGGAUUAGAACUAGACAGUGUUCUAAAAGAAAAUUUAUUGUGUUCCAGUCCACAUGUCCAAGUAUGUUCUCCAUUGGUAGCUACAUCAUUAUUACCAAAUGUUGGAUCAGAAGAACCUGUUUGUGAAGCUGAUUCUAGCCAAGCUAUCAACACAGAUACUUCCAUGUUUCCUCCAACAUGCUACAAUUUGUGUGAUCACCAAAAUGUUGCCAACAAUGAGAAUUCUAAUGACAAUGAGGAGUCUACUUCUGAAGAGUGCAAUAAUCUUCAUGACCAGAAUGGAAUUGCCUUUGUAAAUAUUGACUCUUAUGAACCAGACAGCAGUGAUGGAGAGGAAGAUGGUUUCCAAAGUGCUAUCGCAUUAGCUAAAGAAGAAACAGGACUAUUUCAAGAAAAACUGGACAAUAUGCUUUCCAGGUUAGAAAAAGAUAUGGACUCCUUCAGUGAUCUGCAGUCACAUCUGCCUAGUUUCAGUCAUAAUACCAUAAGUAAAAGUUUUGAAGAUCUUAGAUUAGUGCCUUUUAGAAGACUUUCUAGCAUAGAAUCAGAUACUGUUUAUCAAAAUAAAUCACUUUUGAAAAUAUCUAAUGAAGAAACUUUAGCAAAAAGUAACCGUAUUUCUACUUGUGAUUUAGAACAGAAAAUCAGUAAUACAGCUGAGUCUACAAUUAGGACACAUGUAGGAAUUUGUAAUGCACUGAGUACUACAAGCAUGAAGAUGGACCAAGAGAAUUCAGCUGAAUUGGUAGUAAGACCCAAAGUUAGAAAACAGAAUCCUGUUAGCGAGAUUGAUAAAAAACAGUCUGUAGUGAAUGAAGAGGAAGAAAAGAGAAGUAGUAAAAUGUGGAAAGAUAAUGUGAAUGACCAGCAAUGCAAUGCUGAAAUUAUCUCAAAGCAUACUAAAGAAAAAAAAUCUAAUAUGGUUUUUGAUCCCAAAGAGUAUGAAUUGGCUGAAAAGAAAGUAAAAAAUGAACCAAGGAAACAAAAGUCAAGUCUUCAAGAAAAAAUUAAAAUAGAUGAUAGUGCUUUCUGGGACGAAUUUGAAGAUUGUGGUAGAAAUCUAUCUAGUUCCAACAAAGAUGAAGAUGACAGCUCAGAAUGCAGUGAUGGUGAAUGGUCUGCAUCCCUGCCUUCUUAUUUUUCUGUGACUGUGAAAGAUCAGUCGUCCAGUGAUGAAAGCUGGGAGACACUUCCAGGCAAAGAGGAACAGGAACCUGAAGAGCAGAGUGAUAGUAGUGGUCUGGAAGAGGAACAUAAUGAAUUUGGUUUCCAAUCACGGGAACAGACAUCCCUAGAGGAUGGAGAGAUUCCUUGGUUGCAGUAUCAUGAAGAAAUUGAAAGUAGCAGUGAUGAAGAAAAUGAUCAAGAUAGCCAUUUUGUACAUCCUGGCUUUUUUAUGUUGGAUGGAAACAACAAUCUAGAAGAUGAUUCCAGUAUGAGUGAAGAUCUAGAUGUUGAAUGGAGGCUGCUUGAUGAAUUUGGGGAUGGUCUUGGGGUUGCCCAAGCAAUUUCGUAUGUGGAUCCCCAGUUCCUUACUUAUAUGGCCUUGGAAGAACGAUUGGCACAGGCAAUGGAGGUAACAAGCAUGUUCAUGGAAAUGACUUAUCAGCGUCUACAGACCGCUCUAGCUCAUCUAGAGUCUCUUGCGAUUGAUGUUGAGCAGGCUCAUCCACCAGCUAGUAAAGAGAGCAUAGAUUGUCUGCCACAAAUUAUUAUUACAGAAGAUCACAAUGCUGUAGGGCAAGAACAGUGUUGUGCUAUUUGCUGUAGUGAGUACAUCAAAGAAGAAAUUGUAACAGAGCUUCCAUGUCGCCACUUCUUUCACGUGACAUGCAUAACGCUUUGGUUACAAAAGUCUGGAACCUGUCCUGUGUGUCGCCAUGUGCUUCCUCCCGGGCUCUCAGAGUCAGCCACUCCCAUAUUUACCUUCUUGCCCGAUCAGGAUUCUACUUCUUCAGUCCAGAGUGCCUCGGGAACACAAUAAAGGAAUACCUGAACAAGAAUUUAGUCCAUCACAUUGUACUGUAAAGUUCUUUUAUUUAAUGAUAAUAUGAAAUUGGUUUUGUGUGUGCGCAUGUGUAUGUGGCAUACUAUACACACAUACAUAAAAACAUGUAGAAAUUCCAGCACACACAUUUUGCAAGAAUGCGAGCUUACAAAAUGGUUUAGAAUUAUAAUAAGAAUAACAGACUGAAAAAUAAAAAGGUUGCACUAGUUUUCUGCGAUAAACUUAUUGCUCUUAACUAAUGUCUAAAGGUAAUUAUUCAGUUUGUCUUGAGAAAUGAUCAUUAAUGUGGCACUUAUAUUCAAAGUAAUGCAGCUGCAGUGCAGUUGGAGCUUACACAAGUUAUGCAUAUGAUAUGUUUUACUUAAUAUAAUUUUAGAGGCUGGGGUUACUUCUCUUAAAAUAGUGCCACUUAAUUACUUUGUAUAUAACUCUUUCAUAUUUGCAUCAAAUGUGAAGAAGUUCUGUGAUAACAUCAGUAGCAUACUUUGGUUUCACUGAAAAUAAACAGCAUAUAAUCAAA